AUGUCCGACUUGUAUGAGAUUUUAGAAGUCGACUCCUCUGCCACUUCUGUUGAGAUCAAAAGGGCAUAUAGGAAGCUCGCAUUGAGGUACCACCCAGACAAGGUCACUGAAGAGGAAAGAGAGACUGCGGAGUUGAAGUUCAAGGAAAUCUCGCAGGCCUAUGAAAUCUUGAUAGAGGAAGACAAGAGAAAAGAAUAUGACAUAUAUGGAACGACGGACGGUAGGGGAGGAAGACCAGAAUAUGAGGAGUUCAAUGGGAACCCAUUCGACAACUUCUACGGAGGCGGGGCCCAAAACUUUGAGCAGGAGGAUUUCUAUAAUUUUUUCAACGGUAUGAAUGGUGGACCUCCAGGUGGGGCUCCCAGAAGUGCUCAGAGGAAACCUCGAACGGAUGAUGCAGAAUUGGACGUCACCGUGACUCUUGAAGACCUCUUUAAGGGUAAGAUCAUUAAAUCAACUUCCACUAGAAACAUUAUCUGUACUACGUGCAAAGGAUCUGGGGCCAAGAAGAACGCUGUGAUGAAGACUUGCGGCAUAUGUGAAGGAUCCGGUACUGUAAGAAAGAUCAGGAGGGUUGGACCUGGUCUUGUCACACAGGAUUAUGUUGAAUGUUCCACAUGUCACGGAGUUGGUAAGAUCUAUAGAUCAAAAGAUACUUGUAAGAAAUGUACUGGGAAGAGAGUCAUUGAAGAGACGAAGAUAUUAGAAUUUGAAAUACCGAAGGGAUCAGAAGGCGGGGAAAAAGUGGUAUUGAAAGGAGAGUCAGAUGAGUACCCAGGAAAGGAGACUGGUGACAUUGUAUUGAAGUUCGAAUGCGAGCCACAUAAAGUUUUCACCAGGAAGGGCGAUGAUCUUUACAUAAAGUAUAAGAUCUCCUUAGUGGAAGCCUUGAGUGGAUUUUCCAAAGUGGUUUUGAAGCAUCUUGACGGAAGAGGAAUUAAGAUCAGUACUCCAACAGGAAAAGUGAUCAGACCUGGUGAUUUUAUCAAGAUCAAGUACGAAGGUAUGCCAGUAAAGAAGGAUCUGAGCAAGAGUUCUUGGUUUGGCGGUAACUCCGCAGACAAGAGAGGUGACUUAUACAUCGAAAUGGAUAUCGAAUUCCCCAAGGAUAACUGGUACUUGGAAAAGAAUGAUAUCACUAAGAUAAAAAACUUGUUACCCAACGAAUUGCAAAGUAAAAGAGAUAUAGAGAAGCAGACAAUCGACAAAGGUUCGUUACCAGAGGCAAAUAUCGAAGUCUUCUCCGACUUUACUAUAGCACGCGCCAAUGCAUUACCUGAAUAUACAGAAAAGAAGAAGGAAGAACAGGGUCACCACUUUUAUGAAGGUGACGAGUACUCUUCAUACGGUCGUGCUGGGCCUGGCGCACAACCAGAGUGUGCUCAGCAAUAG